AUGGAACCUGAACCUAGAAUCGUUGGACAUGGUUUGACGGCCAUCGUCACAACAGUCGAUGACAAAACCGUCCUGAAAGGAUACGAAGUCUGGAGCAAGGGCAAGCUACGGGCUAAGUGCGGGGAACCGAGCGAGGACCGCUUGGUAAGGGAAGAUAUCGUCUACCAACACCUUGGCCACCAUCCGUUCAUCCUCCAAAGCUUUGGCCUCAAGGAGGUCCGACCCGGAGUCCACUCCCUGUGCCUGGAGAUGGCGCCUCUCGGAUGCAUACGGCUACACACGCAAAGCACACUGAGCCCCGUCAACUUACUCCUCCCAAAGCUUCCAGAUCCGCCUCUCAACGCCCGAUUACAGAUGGCCCUUGACGCCGCUAGGGCGCUCAGCUACGUCCACUCGCGCGGGGUUCUGACCUGCGACUUCAGUUACCGAAAGAUCUUCCUCUUUCCCGAUUUCCGCAUUAAGCUCGGCGACUUUGGCGGUGCCCUCCUCCAGGGCCACAGCUUUAAGAACGACCAAAACUAUGAGGGACGGUAUCAGUUACCGCUCCGGGGGAGGGACUUCGACGACCUCGACAUGGUAAAGCAAGAGCUUUUUGCCCUCGGCGUUGUCAUUUACGAAAUUACUAUGUGGAGAAGACCGUUCGACGAUCUUAGCGAGGACAGUUGUGGGGUUGAUGUCAGGUACGCACGGGAGGAGUUUCCACUGCUUGAGCCUGAUAAUCCUGUUAGGGAUGUAAUUAAGGGGUGCUGGAUGGACAGAUUCGAUAGGGCUGGUCAGGUUGUCGACGGUUUGGAACGUUGUCUCAGAAUUAGUGAAAACAACUAA